GUGAAGUGUGGAGGUCUGCAUUAUUCUGCCGUCUGCUGAUGUCGUGCAACAAUGUAGCAGUUUUCUGUUUUACUUCAUGAUACAAUUGUAUCCUCAGUGGCAACAAUAAUUUUGCGCGAACAGUUCAGAACAUACGAGAUCACUAAACGCACUUUUGUAUUUAUUUUAUUUUUUACAAUCAAUCUGCGCAUCCUUCUCUCGUCAUUCCAUACAGUCCUUCUCGUGAGUCGGGGCAGGUGCAUGGAUGCGUUGUCCUAACAACAAGUUGGGCUCCUGUUGAGGGGGAUCAGAGACAGAUCCACACCACUGGGUGUGGAACCAUAGAGUACAGAGAAGAGUACAGGCCGUUCCAAUCAACCCAACUGGUGUAUCUAGGUAGGUUGGUCCAGCCCAGGCUCCAGGCUAUGUCUCACUGGCUGUGGGACAGCUAUUCCAUACUGAGCUGAGAGGGACCUGCCUGGCUGGGGACUACAGGAACAGACAUGGGGCUGGGACAAUCCAACAAGGCUCCCGUCACCGAUGACACAGAGGAGGUCAAUUUUGACCAAUUCCAGAUCCUAAGGGCUAUCGGGAAAGGAAGUUUCGGGAAGGUGUGCAUUGUGCAGAAGAAGGACACGAAGAAGAUGUAUGCUAUGAAGUAUAUGAACAAACUGAAGUGUGUGGAACGGAACGAGGUCCGCAAUGUUUUCAAGGAGAUGCAGAUCAUGCGGAACCUCGAGCAUCCUUUCCUUGUCAACUUCUGGUACUCAUUCCAGGACGAGGAGGACAUGUUCAUGGUAGUGGAUCUGUUGCUGGGAGGAGACCUGCGCUACCACCUCCAGCAGAACGUUCACUUCUCAGAGAGCACCGUCAAGCUGUACGUCUGUGAGAUCGCCUUGGCGCUGGGCUACCUCCGCAGCAAACGCAUCAUCCACAGAGACAUCAAACCUGACAACAUUCUGCUGGACGAACAUGGACAUUGUCACCUGACAGACUUCAACAUCGCUGCCAUCGUCAAAGACGAUCUAAGAGCCACAUCUAUCGCAGGGACCAAACCAUACAUGGCCCCGGAGCUGUUCCAGCCACACGAGGGAAUACACCCUGGCUACUCCUUCACUGUGGACUGGUGGUCACUGGGCGUCACUGCCUACGAGCUUCUGCGAGGACAGAGGCCGUACAUCAUGCGCUCCAGCACACCGGCCAAUGAGAUCCUCCAGAUGUUCCACAAGGUCAACCCCAGCUACCCCAUGACCUGGUCUCUGGAGAUUAAGUCUAUGCUCAGAAAGUUGCUGUGUAUUGACGAGCACCAGCGUGUGUCGUGCCUGGCUGAGCUGCAGGAUCUGGACCUGCUGUCUGAUGUCAACUGGGACGCCGUGCUCAACAAACAGCUGCCCCCCGGCUUCAUCCCCAAUAGGCGGAGGCUCAACUGCGACCCCACCUUUGAGCUGGAGGAGAUGAUCCUGGAGUCGAAACCGCUGCACAAGAAGAAGAAAAGACUAGCCAGGAAGACCAGAGAGCAGGGCUCCGAUGGGUCGUCCCAGAACGGUCAGCUCCAGCAGCGCCUGAACAAUGUGGAGAGGGACUUCAUCAUCUUCAACAGAGAAAGGUCAAAGAAGACUGUAGCAGACACAGAAGUAGCAGACCUCACCACGACAGAGAAGAACAAGGCUAUGGAAGACGGACAGAACAAUAACGUGGACCCGGUAGCCUACAUAUCAGGAUAGCGGACUACGGCUUGAGCCGGAAGUCGCCACGCUAACCUGGCCACAGCUUGUAGAUCACCACUACCCAAUCGUCCACUUCCCCUCUCCCCCGGCUGGCGCAGACACUCAGAUUGAUUUUUAACCCUGACACAUUCCCCCAACAGCCAGCUAUUAUACCCAGACCCCAGACUUCAGGAGCUCACAUAUACUACUAUUUUACAGAGUGAGAGGCAACUGACCUAGACAGACAGACAGACCCUGGCUCUUUCCACUUUUCCUAUGACAGGGACAAGCUUCUCAGUGGGCAGCCCUCCUCACACUCUGCCCUGACCUGCCCUGGCCUGAUGCACCAUAGUCCCCCGGAGCUCCCCUCCCUCCACCAAGUCAGCCAGGCCCAGGAAAUUACUUCCCUGCAAACCCAGCAGAGAGCAGAGCCAGACAGGAUACAGCCACCAUGCAUGUUAUGCCGAGGCUCAGGCCAGGCAGGAAAUUAAGCCUAAUGUUGACAAAUAGGAAACUAUGUCUGCAGUGAAAACAGUGCAGACUUGCUUUAGGAAGAGAGAGGGGUUGUGAGUAGCGUCACACAAAAUGAAUUACGAUUAGAGAUGAGAUAUGAGGCCUUUGUUUUCAAGACACCAACCACAGAUUCCUCUUCGAAGACAAAGAUAACCACUGUAGGCUUGAGCGCUAACUGCUGAACUUAAUACGUCUCUGUGACAUUGUUAGGCAUCAAUGUGCCUCUCAAGCAAACCAAAAUGAAGGGUGCUCGACAUGGAUAUUUGUACAUAAAUCUUCAUAGAUAAAUAGAUAUUUAUUGUCUGCUUUGCACACGCUUAUCCAUUAGUUGUAGCAUUUAUGCGCAGAGGUCAAAGAGUAGUAGAUGAAUCCUCAUUCUCUUCUGGUUUUUAGAAGGGUGCCUUUAGAGGGGUGCCAGUAGGGGAGGGUGGGGUAAGUUGAGCCAUUUAUUACAUUCAGAAUCAAUCUGCCAAGGGAUAUAUAGUAUUAUUUCUAAUAAAGAUAUCUACAUAUAUUUCAGGAUGUUGUGAAUCCCUGCAAAUAAUCAGAAUUCAUGUAAACGGUAUACUUUUGAAAACAUAUCUUGUAAAAAAAUAAGUGGUCUCUUGGCACAAUUUACCCCGGGGAAUGGGGUAAGUUGAGCCACGGGACAGGGUAAGUUAAGA